UGAGACACAAGGUGAAUAAUGAUUAUAGCUUGACUGCCCUAACUCCGUCCAAUCCUCCUCCUUCCAUGUUGAAGUUGUCGUCCGUCACGAAAUAAGUCUCGCCCAACUCGUGUCCCGUAGAUAAAUCGAGGGUUAAGAAGCCUGUGGUGUCUCAGAAUCCCUCGAGGAGCAGGUAGAUUGCACAACUGUAAACGUUCCACCUCGCAAACACUUUCUUGCGGGAGGUUUCACUUUCCCGAGCACCUUGGAAGAAGCUGCCUGGUGGUAGAUUAGUUCCCGGAUUUCUCUCAGAUCGGUGACCGGACGAUGGGCGAUAGUCAGUACUCUUUCUCUCUCACCACCUUCAGUCCUUCAGGGAAGCUCGUACAGAUAGAGCACGCUCUAAUGGCUGUCGGCUCCGGUCAGACCUCUCUAGGGAUCAAAGCCGCAAAUGGUGUUGUUAUUGCAACGGAGAAGAAGCUGCCUUCAAUUUUAGUGGAUGAAACAUCUGUCCAGAAGAUUCAACUUAUGACACCUAACAUUGGCGUUGUCUACAGUGGAAUGGGUCCAGAUUCCCGUGUCUUAGUGAGAAAAAGCCGAAAGCAAGCACAACAAUAUUUCAGACUAUACAAAGAGGCCAUUCCAGUCACACAACUAGUCAGGGAAACGGCUACCGUAAUGCAGGAAUUCACUCAGUCUGGUGGCGUAAGGCCUUUUGGUGUUUCUUUGCUAGUUGCUGGAUUUGAUGACAGUGGUCCGCAGCUUUAUCAGGUUGAUCCUUCUGGAUCAUACUUUUCAUGGAAAGCUUCUGCUAUGGGUAAAAAUGUUUCAAAUGCAAAGACAUUCCUUGAGAAGAGGUACACUGAGGAUAUGGAGCUUGAUGAUGCUGUUCAUACUGCUAUUUUGACCUUGAAAGAAGGUUUUGAAGGCCAAAUUUCGGGCAAGAAUAUUGAAAUUGGGUUAAUUGGCACCGACCGGAAGUUCAGGGUGCUGAGCGCGGCUGAAAUUGAUGAUUACUUGGCUGAAGUGGAGUAAAUCUCUGCUCUUUUUGGUGAAGAUCUGAUAUAAUAACCAAGAAGAAAAAAUGCAUUGAAUUUUUCUCUGUUUAAGUGACCUAAGCCUAUCUAUUUCAAUUAAACCUUUUCUAUUCCUCCUUUUAUUCGGUUAGAGGAACUUGCAUUCUUGCAUUGUUUUGACACCCUUUUUUUUGGAAUUUCCUUGGAGCAGAUAAAAAAAUGCCCAUUUUAUUUUC